GGGGAGGGGGGACACAGAGGGAGGAAGAAGCGGCGGCGGCGGAUCCUCUUUGUAGAGGGGAAAACUCCGAGGUAUAAGAGCAAGAAUAAUGCGGUAGCAAGGCGGGCUGCUUGCUCCCGGCUCCCGGCUCCGGCAGCAGCGGCGGCGGCCCGAGCGGCGGCAGCCCCGGUAGCACUCCCAGGCGCUGACAGCCCCGCCGGCAGGCUCCCUCGCUGACCGCCGGCUGUCAAUGGAGCUGGAAAACAUCGUGGCCAACACGGUCUUGCUGAAAGCCAGGGAAGAACUUUUUCAUCAUCCUGAAGAGAAACUCUGCCCAGGGGAGGAGGAAAGCGCAAAGGGAAAAGCAAGAAGUGGAAGGAAAUCCUGAAGUUCCCUCACAUUAGCCAGUGCGAAGACCUCCGAAGGACCAUAGACAGAGAUUACUGCAGUUUAUGUGACAAGCAGCCAAUUGGGAGGCUGCUUUUUCGGCAGUUCUGUGAAACCAAACCUGGGCUGGAGUGUUACAUUCAGUUCCUAGACUCAGUGGCAGAAUAUGAAGUUACUCCAGAUGAAAAACUGGGAGAAAAAGGGAAGGAAAUUAUGACCAAGUACCUCACCCCAAAGCCCGGCUUCUUUGCGGCUCCUCCUGAUAUCCUUGAAGCUGAUGUACCAGCUGCGGCUCCGCACGGCAGGCCAGAGCAUGCCCAUCUGGAUCCCUUUUCUUUUCUUGUGACCUUCCAGUCCCCAGUCUUCAUCGCCCAAGUUGGUCGGAACCUGGCCUCUCAGACAGAGGAGAAGCUCCUUCAGAAGCCCUGCAAAGAACUCUUUUCUGCCUGUGUACGGUCUGUCCAUGACUACCUGAGGGGAGAGCCAUUCCACGAGUAUCUGGACAGUAUGUAUUUUGAUCGUUUUCUCCAGUGGAAGUGGUUGGAAAGACAACCGGUAACCAAAAACACUUUCAGGCAGUACAGAGUACUCGGAAAAGGGGGCUUCGGGGAGGUCUGUGCCUGCCAGGUUCGGGCCACAGGUAAGAUGUAUGCGUGCAAGCGCCUGGAGAAGAAGAGGAUCAAAAAGCGGAAAGGGGAGUCCAUGGCCCUCAACGAGAAGCAGAUCCUGGAGAAGGUCAACAGUCGGUUUGUGGUCAACCUGGCCUAUGCCUACGAGACCAAGGAUGCGCUGUGCUUGGUUCUGACCAUCAUGAAUGGGGGUGACUUAAAGUUCCACAUCUACAACAUGGGUAACCCCGGCUUCGAGGAGGAGCGAGCCUUGUUCUACGCGGCAGAGAUCCUGUGCGGCUUGGAAGACCUCCACCGCGAGAACACCGUCUACAGAGAUCUGAAACCUGAGAACAUCCUGUUGGAUGAUUAUGGCCACAUUAGGAUCUCGGACCUGGGUCUGGCUGUGAAGAUCCCCGAGGGAGACCUGAUCCGUGGCCGGGUGGGCACCGUCGGCUACAUGGCGCCAGAGGUCCUGAACAACCAGAGGUAUGCACUGAGCCCUGACUACUGGGGUCUGGGCUGCCUCAUCUACGAGAUGAUCGAGGGCCAGUCGCCGUUCCGAGGCCGCAAGGAGAAGGUGAAGCGGGACGAGGUGGACCGCCGGGUGCUGGAGUCGGAGGAGGUGUACUCCCACAAGUUCUCGGAGGAGGCCAAGGCCAUCUGCAAAAGGCUGCUCACCAAAGACGCAAAGCAGAGACUGGGCUGCCAGGAGGAGGGGGCUGCGGAGGUCAAGAGGCACCCCUUCUUCAGGAACAUGAAUUUCAAGCGCUUAGAAGCCGGGAUGUUGGACCCCCCCUUCAUUCCAGAUCCCCGAGCCGUGUACUGCAAGGACGUGCUGGACAUCGAGCAGUUCUCCACCGUGAAGGGCGUGAACCUGGACCACACGGAUGACGACUUCUACUCCAAGUUCUCCACGGGCUCUGUGUCCAUCCCCUGGCAGAGCGAGAUGAUAGAAACAGAGUGCUUUAAGGAGCUGAAUGUGUUCGGGCCCAACGGUACCCUCUCGCCGGACCUGAACAGAAGUCACCUUCCAGACCCGCCAAAGAAAGGGCUGCUGCAGAGAAUCUUCAAGCGUCAGCACCAGAACAAUUCCAGGAGAACGCCCAACUCCAAGACCAGUUUUAACCACCACAUAAAUUCAAACCACAUCAGUUCCAACUCUGCCGGGAGCAGCUAGUUGCAGCUAAGCUGGGCGUCCACGACGGGACCGGCACAGACUCCUCUCCUCAGACGUGGACCCUGUGGGCAGGGAGCCCUCCGGAGCUGGGGAAAGAGGCCACCCAUCCCUCCACCGGGGGCCUCCAGGUUUCUCAGAGAGAUUUCCACUCAGGUCUGUUUUCAGAGGUGGCCCUCGAGCCGAGGCAGAUUGGAGUUGUCUCUGUCGAACAUUGCAAUAGAAAUCCAAUUGGAUACAACUUGCACGUAUUUUUAACAGCGUCAUAACUAGAACUGAAUUUUGUCUUUAUUAUUUUUAAAGAAAAGUUUUGUAAAUUUC